ACAUCCUGAACAUACUUAACUUUCACAUAACUGACAGCACAGUGUCCUCUCUCAGAGCAUCAUACGAAGUAGGACUUGACUUCCUAGUGUUUUUGGGGGAGAGGAUAUCGAAAACUGACAAAAACGAGCUUCGGGAGAUUUACAACUGGAUGGAAGCAAAGAACCUUCAUUUUCCAGUGUGAUCAAUGCUUUAAAAAUGUUUAACAAAGCCAGCAUAAAGCCUGGGAAAGUUAUGUUUCAUGGCAAACCAAAGCAGAACACAAGCACAGCGUCCCCAGACUCUUCACCAGCCCCAGCAUCCUCUUCCUCUUCUCUUCCGACCACUAACCCCGUCCUGACACCGAAGAGAAAACUCGCUUCAGAAAUCUUCAGCAAACUCAGAGUGAAACGAGCUGAACUCAUCAAAGACAAAGGAGGUGUUGAAAUAACCUCUGACCCUAAGGACACCAAAGGGAAGGUUACAUUCAGUAUUGAGGAGCUUGGGAAGCUGUUUGUGGUGAAGUUUCAUAUCGUAAAUCGGGGCCAGAGAUGCAUCUACUUCAGCGACUACACAGCUCUGCACAGGAUGUGCUGCUUCACUCUAGUGGAUGAGAGUAGAGUAAAUCGUGUUUGCCCUCUUCUCCUGUGUCCAGGUGAGCAUUAUGUUGUUGAGGUGCAUUAUAAAGUUCAUCAUCAUGGACACUUUCCAGCCACCAUGUACUUUGAGUUCUGCCCAGAGUCUGAGCCCCCAGAAACGGCUAAACCAUUCUGCAUAGUCCGAGAACUGGAGGCUGUCGUUCAGUCCCAACUAGCUGCACAGCUAGGACCAGAGAGCCCAUACAACCCCAAACAGAACAGACGACUCAGACCUAAGAACAGGAUUGUUGAAGAAGGUGUACCACCUGAGAGUUUUGUCACACACACUCUGAAGUCUGUGGUAAAGCUAAAGGAGUUCAAGUACCCAGCAUACUUGAAGCAGCUGGCCAGACAAAAACUGGAGGACUCUGAAGGCCUAUCCCCCUCAGUAAGACAGCAACUUCCCAGAUUCAGGCGAGUGUUGGAGGCUCAGCUGUGUAUGAAAUACUAUGCUGAGCGCUUCCAGCUCCUCCUACACCUGGAGGAGAUUCAGAUGGAGGUGGACAUCAAGAAGUAUGAUCUCCAUGGCCAGAUCAUGACCCGUGACAAAACCAACAAAAAGCUACUCAUUCUCAAAGUACCAGGUGUGGCAGAGAACAGACCGUCUGUACUGAGAGGAGAUCAUGUCAGUGUCUGUGUGUCUGCAGACAAGAACCAACCUAUCACUGUCUAUAAAGGCUACGUCCAUCAAGUUGAGCUGGAGAGAGUUAAACUCGGCUUCUCCAAGAAUCUUCUCCAGAGGUUUCUCAGUAACAUGAAGUUUGAUGUGGAGUUCAACAUUAAUUGCUUCCCCAUAAAGCUUCAGCACAGAGCGGUGGAGCUCGCCGUCCAGCACGGACUGGGAGAUGUGCUGUUUCCCUCUGAUAAUGGCAACAGAAGCUAUACACUACCACACCUAAGAAUGUUUAACAAGGAUUUAGAGAAGAACCCUGAGCAGAAGGCUGCAGUUCAGCACAUCGUGUCGGGCACAUCCAAACCAGCACCAUACCUAAUCUUUGGACCGCCUGGCACAGGCAAAACUGUCACACUGGUGGAAGCCAUAAAGCAGGUGAAUAAGUCUGUUGCCAAUGCCCACAUCCUGGCCUGUGCUCCCUCGAACAGUGCUUGUGAUCUGUUGUGUGAGAGGUUAUUAGGAUACGUGGAUGCCCAUCGCCUGUAUCGUCUCUAUGCCCCCAGUAGAGACCCUCAUACUGUACCACAGAAACUGCUGAAACACAGUAACUUGAAUGAGGCUCAGGACAGCUUUCUCCUCCUGUCUAGGGAAGCAAUGAUGAACUACACAGUCAUCGUUGUUACCUUGGUCACCGCUGGAAGGCUUGUGUCAGCAGGCAUCGCUAAGGGUCACUUCACACACAUCUUUAUAGAUGAGGCUGGACAAGCUGUGGAGCCUGAGUGUAUCAUUGGGAUUGCGGGGUUGCUCGACCCUGUGAAGGGCCAGCUGAUUCUGGCUGGAGACCCACAGCAGCUGGGCCCCAUCCUGAGAUCUCCAUUAGCACAGCUACAUGGACUGGGGCAUUCACUCCUAGAGAGGCUUAUGAAACAGAACACGCUCUAUCAGAAGAUCCAGGAUGGUCACCUUAAAUAUGACAGUCGCUUCGUCACCAAGCUUCUACGCAACUACAGGUCUCACCCUGCCAUCCUUAAGAUCCCCAAUGAGCUUUUCUAUGACAAUGAACUGCAAGUGUUUGCUAAUCAGAUGGAACGAGAGGAAUUCUGUCACUGGGAGCAUCUUCCUAAGAAGGGAUUUCCUGUUUUAUUUCAUGGAGUGAUUGGGAAGGAUGAAAGAGAGGCCAACAGUCCAUCAUUCUUCAACGUGACUGAGAUUGUGGUCAUCGUCAGCUACUUGAACAAACUCAUGCAAACGCAGGGCAAGAAGGGGCUUCCCAAACUCACCGCCAAUGAUAUCGGCAUUAUCGCUCCUUACAGGAAGCAGGUGGAGAAGGUUCAGAAAGCUCUGAACACUGUGGCAGAAUUGAGCAAGUGGAAAGACAUCAAGGUGGGGUCAGUUGAAGAGUUCCAGGGUCAGGAGAGGAAAGUCAUCAUAGUGUCCACCGUCCGCAGCAGCAUCAACUAUGUCAAGAUGGACAAAGACUUCAACAUUGGCUUCCUUUCAAAUGAGAAGAGGUUUAAUGUGGCCAUGACUAGAGCAAAAGCCCUGCUCAUUGUGGUGGGCAAUCCAGUCAUACUAAGCAAGGACCCUACUUGGCAGAGGUUUAUCCAUUACUGUGAACAUGAGCAGGGCUGCACUGGUUUUGACUUCAAAGAUGCUGAAGGGGAAGAGGAUGUGGUCAAUCGUCUGGCAUCUUUAACAAUCACUUCAGAUGAGCUCACCGAUAAUGACCUAAGGGAGUUAAGCCUUGCACCUUAUGCAGCUAUUCCCACCAGUAUGGACCUCAGUGACGCAAAUUCUGCAUCUGAAUCGGACAUUGAAACAAACCUACCUGAGCCACUUACAUCUGUUUAUGACAAACAGUUAAGAGGCCUCCCACCACAUGUUCUAAAGGAGAAGAGUCUUGAGAUGUUUCAGAGACUUAGAAAGAAGCUUACUUUAGAUCAAUGUGAAACUCUCGAGCUUACUACCAGGGAGCAAUCAAAAUGCAGGGCCUGGCACACACACAGAGAAGGCAGAAUAACAAGCACAAACUUCCACCUUUUGUGCACAGCUGCAGAGCCUACAGACAAUGACAUUAAAAACAUCAUGCAUUACAAUAAGACAGAGGAUCUACAAGUACCGGCUGUACUCUGGGGGAGAGAAAAGGAGGCUACAGCAAGAAAAGACUACAUUGAACAAACGAGUAAAGGUCAUGCUAAUUUCUUUGCUAGACUCUCUGGUCUUGUUGUUCAUCCAGACUACUUAUACCUCGGUGCAUCACCUGAUGGGAUUGUGAGCUGUUCAUGUUGUGGGAGGGGAACACUGGAGAUUAAGUGCCCAUAUAAAUAUAGAGAGGGCCUGAAUAGAUGCAAUGAAGACCCACAGUUCUGCCUUGACACAACAUGGCAGCUGAAGAGGAACCACCCUUACUAUUACCAAGUCCAGCUGCAGAUUUUUGUGUGUGAUGUCCAAUACAGUGACUUUGUAGUUUGGACCAAACAGGACAUGGUCAUCAAUCGUAUUGAAAGAGAUGAAGACUUGCUGCAAAGAGCCUUGCCCAAGGCUGAACAACUCUUCCUCGGCCAUCUUCUGCCAGAGCUGUUGACUCGGAGCAUGGAUCCCUGCCUCAUAGAUGAACACACGCUGUACUGUCCAGACUGCAACAGGCCAGAUUACGCAAGAUGAUUCACUGUGCCAAGUGCAGAAGUUGUUUCCACUACAAGUGUGUUCAGAUCAAAAGAAGGUCAUCUAAGUGGCUUUGCAAACAGUGCAAGACCUAAAAUGCAAUAUAGCUCCACAUGGACAUAAUGUAAACAGUUAAAAGCAAGUUCAUGUACAUUGUUCCUUUACAAUCUGCAACUUAAUUUCUCAUUUUAUCAUCUUAUCUGUGCACAUUUGUCUACAGUGUGUGGUUUCACAAGCAUUUGAUGUUGCUCCUAACAUCUAUGGAUUUUGGUUGAUAGAUUCAAAUUAUAAAAACAAAAUGCUUAUAGUUAAUAGUAGAGAAUGUCCAAUAUACUUAAUAUGAACCUAGUAUAUUUUCACCCCAAAUGUUGUUGAUUUGACAAAAUGGCUAGUAAAAGCUGAAACAUUGAUUUCUGUACUUUUUAACAUUUUGACUACUCACAGUAAUUAAAUUCAUUGUUAACAAAAAGACA